GUUCAGAAAGUGGGGAAAGUGGGGCCGUGGAGAGAGGCGCUGAGGGGCGGCUUUCACAGGGCAGGGCUGAUGUCUGUGGGGUUAUAGAAGCAGACAGAGCGGGGCGCUGGUGACGCCUGAAGAGGAAGAGGAGGGGGAGGAUGAUGAUGAAGAAGAAGAUGAUGAUGAUGAUAAUUUCGCGUGUGUCAUGGCAAACGGAACCGGCACGAUCAUGUUGAAGUGCGUGGUGGUCGGCGACGGCGCCGUUGGUAAAACUUGCCUGUUGAUGAGCUACGCCAACGACGCCUUCCCUGAGGAAUAUGUGCCCACUGUCUUCGACCAUUACGCAGUGAGCGUGACAGUGGGAGGAAAGCAGUAUCUCCUUGGGCUGUAUGACACUGCGGGUCAGGAGGACUAUGAUCGUCUCCGGCCUCUGUCUUACCCCAUGACGGAUGUCUUCCUCAUUUGCUUCUCAGUGGUGAACCCUGCCAGCUUCCAGAACGUGAGGGAGGAGUGGGUGCCUGAGCUGCAGGAGUAUGCUCCUAAUGUCCCGUACCUCCUCAUCGGCACUCAGAUUGACCUAAGAGAUGACCCUAAGACCAUCACAAAGUUAAAUGAUGUGAAGGAGAAGCCUAUUGUGACAGAACAGGGGCAAAAGCUGGCAAAGGAGAUUGGUGCCUGCUGUUACGUGGAGUGCUCAGCGCUAACGCAGAAAGGCUUGAAGACAGUCUUUGAUGAGGCCAUUAUCGCCAUUCUGGCUCCAAAGAAGGGGGCAUUAAAGCGACGCCUCGGUCCGCGCUGCAUCAACUGCUGUCUGAUCACGUGAGCAGCGUGUCACCCCAGUUCUAGGGCAUUUCGGGGAGUGAGAGAUAGAGCACAUACCCCACUGUUGAUGGAGGGGAGAUUUUCAAGAACAACUGUCAACCAGAACCUGAACUGUUCAUAAACAGAUGACAAAAAAAUAGAAACACAUAUUGAAGUAUGGGAGGAGAAGUACGGACACAAAAUCUUUCACUGCUCGGAAAAUGAGACUCAUUCUGUCAUGAGCAACGGGAGGGAGUGAGCAAGGACGACUGACAAAAAGAACGUCAGCAUUCGACAGCAACAAGUGACCUACAAAAACACUAAACAUGAAUGAGACAACACAAGAACAAAUGACAUUGACUUUCUCAACACUGAAGCACAGAAAAGGAAAACUUUCCAGGGAGAGACGUUGAAUGGCACAGUGGAACAUUCAUGAAAAUCGAAAACAAUUCAUUUGUAUUUCUUGUUGCUUCUGUACGCAUGUGUGGAAAAAAUCCCAGACAGCCUAAAGAGCACAACCAAACCCAACUGACAUUUACAGAAGUAGGACUUUAUUUGGCUCAGAAAAAGGGAAACUGUGUCUUGCAACAUGAAGUCGCAAAUUGCUUACCUUUCACAAAAUUUCUCUUAAAUCCCUUAUUUACCAGAAAGAUUAGAGGAAUGUUGCAACAGGUAUACCACUGCAAAUAUACAAAUAAUGUAAUACCUGAAGGAAACGGACAUUUCUAUUGCAGCAUCUGACCUCAGAGGACAUGUUUUAAAGCAUUUGGGGGCAAACAGGUGGAACUUGCUCUAGGGUGGAUGUUUUUUUUCUGACUAUCACAGCCCUUUGAUGUCCGUCCACAACUUGGCCUUUGCCUGUGAGUUCCUGUUCUUCACUUGAGCUUGUAGGUGAGCUGCUUGCGAUGCCAGCGGAUCCAAAGCGGGGCUGUCAGGAGCCCUGUCAGAAAACCUAUGGUUGUCCCCAGGGAACACGAAAUAGGCCACACCUAGAGGGAGGAACCACAGGAAUCAGCAACAACCAAUCAGCCCUGUCCCCAUAUGGCAGGAGCACAACUAUCUGGCUGCAACAAACAAGAUCACUGUGGUGUUUUAAUGGUCAACUUUUGUACUUAAAGCUUUAAACUGCAUUUUCUUUGUUGUUUUUUACUUUAGGGUUUGAUUUUUGUGUGCAUUUUUGAAGUGUGCAUUUUUGCCUCUCAGCUCUGCUCGAAUUGAUAUGAAUUGUUAAAUUUUAAGACAGAAAGUAAAAAAAAAAGCCAGUGACUUAAAGCAUUAGUUGCUGUUUUAAAGACAUUUGUUGCACAGUACAUGCAAACAGUGAUUUGAGUGUUUUUUGCAGCUUCUAGCAUCAAAUGAAGUUUUUAAAAAAUAAGAGAACCUUUUAUGAAUAUUAUGGAGUAAAGAACUAGUCAGUUGCAAGCAGAAAUCUUCAUUAAGUUUAGCAAAUGGCGCAAAUUAUUUUCUUAAAAAGUAAAAAAAAAGUUGCAAUGACUUUCUAAGCUCAGUGAACAGUGAUUAAUACUUUAUGUACAUUUUGUUUGAUGACUUGCCUCAAAAAUGAUGAUUGCUGAAUAUAAAGUUGUUUUUCAUAACGGU